AGACCACCAAGUUGUCUCGAGCUUUCUUGAGAGAUGGCCCUACAAUCACCGUCACCACAUAAAACAUAGUCAUAUCGAUACCUCUCUCUACGUUGAUCAUGGCUCAGAUCAACUUUCCCGAUCUACCUAUGUGGGCGCAAACGCUCGCCAGUAUUCUUCCCCUCUCUGCUCUUAUCGAAUUCGUCGACGUCGAGACAAGCAUUCACGUCUACGAACUCAGGGGCGGAUCAGUACCCUUCUGGAACUGGCCCAUAUCACCAGCAGGUGCGCGAAUCCUCCUAUCGAAAGACACAGCGGCCGGCGACUGUUUCCUAGACCAGCCACAGCGCAGCCAGGGGUUGACAUGCAUUGAUGGCCGGUAUGGAAACCAAUACCCGUGCAGCGCGCCGGCCACCACACGACUCUGGGCUGGCAAGGAAGAGGAAGCCGGGACAGAAAUCGAGAACACAAGCAGCAAUAUGGAGGACCGUAACAGGCGGGAGCAAGUUCUAUACGUUGUCCAGCUGCGCGACGAGACGACUCCUGGUACGACCUCCGGCCGCAAGCAUGAGGAAGGCAAAAAGAACUUCUGGCAGAAGUUUACUAGCUCAGUCCGGAGGCGUGGCCCACGAUAUCUGGCUGUCUCGUGUACCGGGUGGAUUUGUUGGAUAGGGCUGGUCGUGGUCAGCCUAAUGGGUCGACUAUAUAUCGCCGUAACGUACCUGGUCCUGAUGCCAUUAACUUGCUUUGUUGUUGGCCUCACGCACGGCACCAAACCUCGCAAGGCACUCGUACGCGACUCGAAGUCUUUCCCGCGCCUCGUCAUCGCAGCAGGGAGCGAAAACCCACACUACUGGUAUGCGUUUGAAGGGCACCAAACUCUGCUCAAUGGGCUGCUCAACAUUUCUCUCGCACCUUCUCAAACGCUCCCGUAUCGGCCCUUUGGUCUCUAUCUCUUGCGGCUUCUCAUCCUUGGUCAGUGGGCGAUGGCUCUGGGUUCUUCUGCUACCAUGGGAUGGGACGCCUUCGUUAUUUCUAUAUGGACAGCAUUCUGUAUUGUUGCGAGCGCCUACCUCUACCCCGUCGAUGUAGCAACCAAGGACUGGCUCAGCAGGGACUGCAGGGUCCAGGCAUCGACAGUUAAAGCCGUGCUAUCUUCUCGAUACGCCUUGCUAUUUGCGCUGGCCAUGAUCAAUCCAGACACUGACAGGGACAAGACCAAGUGGAUGGACCCUAUUAUCGCAAAAUCUCCGGAGAGGGAGGAGAUGUGGAACAAUAUGCUCAAUUGGUCAAGGGGAGAUGAUUUACAAGAUGAAGCCACCCUGAAGAUAAAGUGGUGGUGGAGACUAAUGAACGAAGGCGUUCAUGUUGGGAAAGAAAUCCGGAAGAAGCUUAAAGGUUACCCAGAAGGGGCUUAAAGGUAACCCUCCUCCCAAUAUUGACUCUCUUGAAUAAAAAUACAUGUACGCAAUUAAUCCGCGAGCAAAUUUAUGUAUACAGGCUCCCCGGGUAAGACUCUGUUAGUUUGAUGGGUUGAUUGUACGGUCGUCUUCAUAGAUCGGCAGUUUCUUUUUGGCUUAGACAGGGUUUAGAUGCGUUGGCCUAUGGCAUAAGCGCUCAUGAAGUUUAUGUGACAGUGUAAAAAUUGAACUUUUACUUAAUAGAUAGAGCCUGCAGUAUCGCAUGGAUUCAACGCAUCUCCUGACCACUUCUUCACAGCAAUUCUUAGCUCUCCAAGGGUUAAUUCACCACCUUAAAAGAACAAUUGAGCAGCGCAUGACAGCACCUGGAAAGGCCACCAUCUUCUCACAGCAAUUUUAACUCUCU